GAAAACUGGCCGAACGAGUUUAUAAAUUUGUCAUCAAACUAACGGCAUAGGUUCAGUGUCAUUGCCAAACGCCUAAGUAGCUCGGAAGGCGUCGUAGUCGUCGCGUGAUGGCAAUCGAAGAAAGUAUUCCGGAUGUUUUUGCCGGUGCGGACAUUUUCAUUACCGGUGGUUCCGGUUUUAUGGGCAAAGUGCUGAUCGAGAAGCUUUUGCGAUCCUGUCCGGAUGUUGGGAAGUUGUUCGUGCUGCUGAGACCUCGGCGAGGAAAACCUGCUUCCGAGAGGAUCGCCGAUCUGGUGCAGAUUCCUUUGUUCGAUAAGUUGCGGGAAACUUUUCCGGAAAAUCUGGAUAAAAUUGUGCCCAUCAAUGGAGAUUGCUCAGAGCUUGGCCUCGGGAUGGAUCAGAAAAGUUUGGAGAGCAUCGGAAACGUUCAGUUUGUUUUUCACACGGCAGCCUCGGUUAGAUUUGAUGAUCCGAUAGUGAGCGCGAUCAAGCUUAACACACGUGGCACGCGAGAGGUGCUCGAGCUGUGCAAAACGUUGAAACACCUGAAGGCUAUAGUACACGUAUCGACUACCUACAGCAAUCCGGAAGUGAUGGACGUCGAGGAACGCAUCUACCCACCUAAGAUGGAUUGGCGGAAGGCUAUCGAGGUGGCGGAAAAUAUCGACGAGCAGAUUCUGGAAAGCUUGGCUCUGAAAAUGAGCAGCUUUUCUCCCAAUACAUACACUUUUACCAAAGGUCUGGCAGAACAGAUUUGUCUCGAGUAUGGCCAGCAGCUUCCGUUGGUCAUCUUCCGGCCUUCCGUCGUGACGAACAGCGAAUCUGAACCGAUUCCUGGAUGGAUCGAUAACUUCAACGGCCCAGUCAGUAUGCUCGUGGGAAGUGGCAUGGGAGUUGUGCGAGCUGGCUUUAUAACGCCCGAAAAUAGACUCAACUGCAUCCCCGUGGAUGUUUGCAUCAAGGCUAUCCUGGUAGCCGCCUGGAAACGAUCCCGGGAACCCUUCGACGGGGGACAUGUUCCGAUCUACAAUUGCGCUGCCGAACGGUACAAGACUGUACCCUACAAAUAUAUCGUUACCGAUGGAAAAAAUCUAUACGAGAAAAAUCCUCUCGUGAGGACCGUUUGGUAUCCGGGAGGGGUUGCUUUUUCGAAUAUUUAUGUUUUCCAUUUCUUUUUUAUGAUUCUUCAACUAUUUCCGGCAGUACUGGUUGACAUUGUUCUGAAGAUCAGUGGGAAAACGAUGCUAGCAACACGACUUUCGAGGAAAAUGUUCUAUACUCAGAUAGCUCUGGAAUAUUUCAUCAAAAAUGACUGGACCUUUAAAACGAAAAAUUUCCGGAAUUUGUAUCACGAUCUUUUAGAAUGCGACCGGGAAUCAUUUUCAACGAAAUACUUGAACAUUCCGCUCAGUGAGUACUACAUCCGGUGUAUAUUGGGUGGAAGGCGGUAUCUUUUCAAGGAAACGGACGAUUCGCUCCCGAAGGCUCGACGGAAGAUAAAACGUUUAAAGUUUAUUGAUUUGGCUGCUAAAUGGAUUACGUUAGGCUCGCUGCUCAUGGUGCUGUAUUCGCGAUAUUGCUAA